GCUCAACAUCAACAACUUAUCGAUUGUCGUCUCGAGUGAUCAUCAAAAGUCGAAUUAAUUCAUUUAAUAGGCCGUGUUGGGAAUAAAUAAGUGUCUUGAUGAAAGAGUAAUGGUGAUACGUAAUGGUGUAGCCUCAAUCAGAAGAGAAUUCAUCCUAUAGUCAUGGAUUUUGAGAUCAAGUGACAUCGUACUUUAUUCUGUCAUAAAGCUACUUUAAUUUUUUAAUCAUGGAGCUAGAAAUGGCCAGUAUGCAAGCUCGGGGCGGCACGACAAGAAGCCUGCACAGGCGAUCACUCUCAUUACACGUACGUAGACUUCAGGAAGCACUUGUGAAUCUGUUCAAUGAGCGGGACAGGUCGGAUUUUGUUGACUCACUAAAUGAGUAUCACUCUAGACGGAACGUUUACGAGUUUGUUCAAAUGAUGAAAAUACUUCUUGACACGCCUGUGAAAAGACAAAUGGUGCCGUUGCUACGAAAAGUUAUACCACAGUCAGAUGUACCAUUAUUUGAUAGGUAUAUUUCAGAGGAUGGAUUAUAUCCUGUGCCAACUGCUAAUGCAACUCAGCCUCAAACACCAAUCACUGCUGCUGUGCACGGAAAUACAUUCCCUCGACAGGGUUACCCUGUCUCACGGACUUCAAGUAUGCCGAAUGUGAAUAGUACUGGUAAGAAGGGCAAGAUGCAAAAGCGCGGGGAUGACAGUGGUUACGCUACUGCUGGCCGACAGAAACUGCAUCCUCAACGGUCAAGUCGGCCACAGGAGAGCCCGACUCCAACAGAAGUAGUCACAGUCAAGCGAGUCUAUCUGCGUCAGUCAAAGGACAAGAAAGAGACGUUAGGGUUCAGUAUCCGGGGAGGUGCUGAACAUGGUAUUGGAAUAUAUGUGUCGUUUGUGGAGACGGGUUCGCCGGCAGAACAUCAGGGGCUGGCACCGGGUGACCAGAUUGUUGCUGUGAAUGAUUACUCCUUCGAUAAGAUAACUCAUGAGCAAGCAGCAAAGAUCAUCAAGUCAGCAAAGAAAUUAGAUUUAACUGUGAAAAAUGUCGGUCGGAUACCAGGGUCAUAUGUCGUCCAUCAGACGUACACGUGGGUGGACCCCCAGGGUCGACCCGUGUCACCACCGCCUGAGAUCGAUCGGUCGGGGCGUUAUGAGUCAAAGGGGGAGAGGAAGAGUGGUCUCAUGCUGCUGAAAGAUAGUGAUGAACGAAAGGUGAAUGUUGUCGUGGAGGACGGCCAGAGUUUGGGUUUAAUGAUUCGUGGGGGCAAUGAGUUUGGAUUAGGGAUUUAUAUUACAGGGGUUGAUCCAUACUCUGUGGCUGAAAAUGCAGGUUUAAAGAUUGGUGAUCAAAUCCUCGAUGUGAAUGGUCAGAGUUUUCUGGACAUUUCCCAUGCAGAUGCCGUCAAAGUUCUCAAAUCGUCACGGCAUAUGAUGAUGACGAUAAAAGAUGUUGGGCGGUUACCGUACGCCAGGACGACGUACGAUCAAACGCAAUGGAUUAUGGGUAAUCAAAACCAAGUGAAAUCAAAACAACCGUUUUUGUCCAAUGGUUAUGGAUCAGCAGAAAGACGGCCAGUCAGAACAGACCAGCCAGACCUUCCUCCUUUACAGUCAGUAUUCUCACGCGGGGCCGGCUCCCAGCUGAUGUACAACCCCACGGCCAGCCAGCAAUGGGGCAUGAUCGAGGAGCAGUCCCGACAACUCCUCAAUGAAACAGAGCGGGGGACGUUAAACUACUACUUAAAUGAGUACCAGAAGGAUCAUGUGACGGUUGACGCGUUGGUCCUGGCGCUGUUCGAGUUGCUCAAUACGCAUGCUAAAUUUUCAUUGUUAUCGGAGAUUCGUACGAUCAUCUCUCCUAAGGAUAUUGAUCGGUUUGACACGCUUGUACUCAAGAAGGAGGUUGAAUCGAUGAAGGUUUCUGGGGAUGGCAAAUCCAUAACGCCACCUGUGGUUCCAGCAAAGCUACCCCCUCAUGUCAAGGUAAGCCAUGAGAAUAACAACGAUCCCCUCACAGCCGCCAUUGAGCAGAUUAAUGAUGAUACAGAUGGAUUACCUGACUUCUUUAGAGGAGAUAACAACAUCAAUGAGAUCCAAGCAACUCAUGCGGUUCCAGUUCAAUCCAGCCCAAAGGAGAACGUCAUUGUGGCUGAGGUACAUCAAGAGGCAAAGGCUCCACCUCCAUUGAUAUAUGAAGACAUGAGAAGUCCAAGUGAGGACAGUGGAGUUGAAGUAAAUGGUUGCAGCAAUAAUACUGAUCAACAUCAUGGUGUACAUCAGAAGAAGCCAGAGUCUCUGCGGCAUUCUCCCGUCCCCUCACCACACCGGACGCCACAGAACUCCCCACGGAGAGAAGAAGAACCUCCUCAAUACACCGCAAACGAGUCACCAAUCAUGCAACAAAAAUUCAACCUAGCUUUAGAAUCAACUCCACCACGUUCUCCCGAAGUAGAGCGUUCGCCUGGCCGGCAGGUUCAGGUACGGGAUAUGGACGGGUUAGGCCCGGUCCAAAUUCACAAGAAGGAGACUUCACCACCUGACAGUUCACGGUCAUCACAGGUGUUUGACUUCAGGUAUGGUAAUGUGACGAUUGCCGUUGAGUUAGAGCUCAUCUCUGAAGACAGUGAGGACUCGAGCUCUAGUGACUCCCAGGAGGAUGAUCUCCUGAAGGCUCUAGAUGCUGCCGUGGAGGACUAUGAGCCCCCACAGCCACCAAACUUCCCUCCUCCUCCCCCACCAGAACCAGUGCUGCCUCCAGCCCCCGUUGUGCCCGUGGUGGAGCCACGGGAACAGGCUCCUAAACCUGAGCCUGAGGCGGAUAUGGCACGAGGACGUGAUGAGGUGAUCAACCCAGAGAAUGUCACGGUCUACAAAACGCAGCCAACCCUGGGAGUGGCUAUUGAGGGGGGUGCAAAUACACGGCAACCUUUACCAAGGAUCAUCAAUAUACAGAAAAUUCGCAUUCUCAAGUUGCGGCCUAAGAUCGGUAUAGGAAUAGUUGGUGGGGCGGGGACUGUGGAACCCCUGCCGAAAGUCAUUGACGUUAAGCCUGGUGGUUCAGCGCACGAGUCAGGUGGCUUGAAAGUUGGUCAUGUGAUCCUGGAGGUGGACGGCCAAUCAUUGAAGGGUUUAGAACACAAGCAGGUGGCGCAGGUGAUCGCCAAGGCAUUCAAGAAGAAGGACAAAGACUACAUGGAGUUGUUGGUAGCGGAGACCAACUCCAGGCAAGCAAAAGUCAAGUAAACUGAACAGCUGAAGCAGUAUUGUUGAGGAGAUUAUGUCAUUGAGAUCUGGAAGGAACUGGCUUCAGAGGCGAGAUUCUCACAGAGACAGAUACUUGUUUAGGCUGUGUAUCCAUUGGCUGUUCCCUUAUUACUUGUGGUGUUGUGUCCAUUGUCUCUCAGGUCACAAGCAAACAAGAUACAGUCAAAACUGCAUGCUCAGUCUAUGGAUACCCAACCUUACGGACACAGGGUUUCUCGAAACUGAAAUGUUCAAAAUCGGCUGGGAGCAAAGACUAACUGCAAAAGUGAAGUGCUGGUAAAAUUUGAUUAUAGAUUGAGAAGCAGAGGGGUUCACUAUAUAUGGAGGUUCCACUGUCUGAUUUAUUGUGCCUUUUCUCCUUCAUUUUGAAAGGAUUGUAAAUAAAGAAGGAUUUGUUCCUGGAGGUUUGUUUUCUAUAAGCUGGUCAAACCAAUAUUCAAAUCCCACUUGUAGAGCUGGAGUGAAUUUCGAUUCGACAAGGCAAAGACCAAAUGAUAAGGUGUGUAAUCCCCAGGUUAUAUUGACGAAGUAGCCUGGAAAUUCAGUCAAGUUUUGAGGUGCAAUAUUCGGUGUAAGCAUCUGAACAGCUUGUGUUGAAAAGGUGAUUACUUGUUUGUAAAUAUGUGGCAGCUUUUUUGAAUAUCAAGAAAUUUUUAGUUCUUUAGAUAGAGGUUAGAUGUUUAGAUGGUAGAUUUGACUGCACCUGGUGUGAGGUAUUGCAUUGUUUGUAGGCACAUCACAUUAUUUCAUUGAAAUUAGGAACAAAACUAUUUGAACUUGGUUCAAUGAAUUCACUUGAUUAUGUCUGUAAAUUAUCAUAAUGAAAAAAAGAAUCUGAUUCUGUGAUUAGUUAUUUACUUACAUUUAAAUAAUCUUUUUAUGAAUUACCACAUUCAGUUAUUAACCAAGCACUUUGAAAUGUCUUAUAUUUGUCCAUUGUUACUAAAUAUUAACUUCAAGGCAUACAAAAAUGUGUAUUUAUACAAAUUAUUAACAUUUAUAAGUAUUUCUUCGGGUAUUACAGCUGCAACUUUGUGAUAUUGCAAAUAUCUUGAAAUAAUAGUUCCUUUGGAAUCGGAAGAGAUCUUAGGAGCCGGUUGUUUCCUGAGUGCAGGGAACUGAUGUACCUGCAACCUGUCUAUUGUUCAUUGUAUAAGGACUUAUAUCAACAGUUAGGAAUUGAAACCAAGCUGUAGAUAUUGGUUUUCUCAUCUAAAACAGUGAGGGUUGGGUGGAACCUUUGUUGAUGUUGUAGGUAUUACGUAAAUGAAAAUGCCUAAUUUUGGUCAUCCUUGAUAUUCGUCCACUUCAGCCUCCAUCCAUAAGAUUGGGAAAUUUCCUCCAAAACUUGUGAUUGACUCUUAGCAUUCCAUGUUAUCUAUGCUAUGGACUUAUUUUUCAUGGAUUGUAUGUUGUUUUUGUGGUUUUAUCCGUGCCAUUUUUGAUCUGAGGGUGGGAACCUUGUGGCAGUUUCCUAUAUAUAGCACUUCAUGUCCACUUGCUAUUGAAAUAAUUUGUCGCCAACCUACUUUUGGUAACUUAAGGCCACCUCUGUACAAAAGGCUGUGAAAAAUGGCUAAUGACCUACCUCACCUUCAAGUACCUGUUACAUGUAUCUCAUUUCUAUAUAUCACUUUCCUAACAUAGUAAUGUAUUAUUUACACAAAUCACUUGUAUCUUUAAACAUCAUCAUAUAGUUAUUUCUUCGCAUAAAAAAUCCAUACACGUAUGAGUCUUGAAAUAUUGAAUCUUUAACCAUUCAUUUAUUGAUUACCUCCAUAAUAUUUAGAAAAUUCACCAAAUUUCAUAUAUACUGAAUUCCACAGAAUUUUUUUUCUAUAUACAUUUCCUAAACAUGAUGUCCUGACCUCUGCAUGAAGAACAGGUAAUUUCCUGAAGAAACAAUCAUUCCUUGUGAAUCUACGACCAUCCCUUCCCGAGUGUUCACAUUCCAUUAUUCUUUAUCCUGUCUUUUUCCUGGUUAUGGUUUUGUAUGUAUAUUAUGAUUAUACCUUCUCACUUAUCAAAUACAUUUUGAAUACUAAGA